UUUAUCAAAUAGAAUCAUUAUGUUAAGAAAAAAGAGCGUUAGCGUUGCGUAAUUCGUUGAUGUCAAAACGCGUCGUUCGCGCGUGAUGACGAGAUUUUUUUUCUACGAGAACCUAUCGUAGGUAUACGAAGGCGAAAGAAAUGAGAAUGGCGAGAGACACGGCAACGGGAAGGCUUUACUGCCAAACGGCGACAUGUACGUCGGCCAGUAUCGCAACGGGCUUAGAUACGGUAAAGGUGUCUACGUGUUCAAAAACGGUGCCCGGUAUAACGGCGAUUGGAGGCACGGAUGCAAAUAUGGUCAAGGGGUCUUCUGGUACCCUGACGGAACGCGAUACGAAGCCAUACGGACGCGGUUGCUUCACUUUUGAAAACUUAUGCAUGCAACACGGUCAUUACAUACAUAUGAGAGAUCCCGCAUACGAUGACCAGACUUGGAUGUAUACAGAUAAAAUUGCGGAGGAAGGCGACGAAGAAGACAAGUCGACAACGACAGAAGGACGACUCUCUCCAAGGACAGGUAUCCUGCCGAUGUGGCGUGCCCGUUGCGUCACACCUUACAAUCCGGAGUUAUUGCCUCCAGAAGCAGCACCUUUGCGAGAAGCGUCAACGGAAUCCUUGAUCGAUGACAAGAGCGAGGAUGAUGUCUGGCCAAAGAUCGAGCGGGAUUAUCCGGAAGAGGAACACGAAGAAUAUUAUCAAGGAGAGGCGUCGUCUCCAAUUGACAGUCCUUAAGUGUCCUGAAAUGGCAAACUGAGCCGAUCGGUCAACGUCUAGUAUUAUAUAUUAUUUACGUACGUAUCUUUUGCAUCAUUAUCAAAUCACAUUGAGAUUGAUAUAAUUUUAUGCGCACACAUAUAUAUUUUUUUUUAAAUUAUGC